AUGGCAUGCAUGCAUAACAGAAAUCCUCCACCCAGUCGAGACAUUUUUUGCAGUUCUUUGCCCACCCAAGCAAGACCCGCCACCCAAGACCAGACACCGAUCGCACAUCCACCCAAACAUGGCCUCGCUUGAAAGCCUGUUCAGCAAUCCCACCGCCACCGCUCCUGGAGGAUUCGGCGCGAGCGUCGGCUUGGACUUCUUCGAAACACAGUUGGUCGACUCGCAGGCUAGGACCUCCGUCGAGGAUGUCAACGAUGACUUGAAGAUCGAGGUCGAACUAUACAAGAACGCACUAGAGGCGGCCCAACAAGCGGUGCGGAAGUUCGAGACGAGCGGGAAGCCGUUCUUCCGGCCGUCGGACUACUUUGCGGAGAUGAUCAAGUCGGAUGCGCACAUGGAGACGAUCCGGCUGCGGCUUGUCGAGGAAGCCGAGGGCCUCAAGGCCUCCGAAGAGGCCAAGAAGAAGCGCGAGUUGAAGAAGUUCGGGAAGGCGAUCCAGGUCGAGAAUAAGUUGCAGCGCGAGAAGGAGACUAAACGGAUCAAGGAGGGCGUCAAGGAGCUCCGCAAAAACCGUAAGGAUGUUACCAAACUAGAUGGCCAGGGGGAGCAAGAGUUUGAGAUUGCGAUUGAGGAGACGCUUUCGGGGAACCCGAGGAAGCGGGCGGGAGGGCCGUCGGGAUCCGGAAAGGAGUCUGAGGGACGGAAGAAGAGUCGGACGGGGCGGGAGCGCCAGUUUGGGCGGCCGAAGCCGAAGGGCGUGACUGGGCGACGAUGGAAGGAGAACACCAAGUCGAGUGCCGGCUCGUUCGAGGGCAUGGGCGGCAAGGGCGACGGCAGGAUCUCCAGCGGCACCGGCCGUAAUAGGGGCCGUGGAAGGGGCGCUGGCGGAAGCUCCAAAAGAGGCUCCCAUCGCUCAAAGAGAUCCUAAUCUUUCCCCUUCUUCCUGGAUCUUGCUCUUCAUCACUUGUAUUUUUCCCCCUUCCCCUUUUUCAUAAAAGGACCUCCCUAUCCAUAAUUGCAAUCCUUUUGACCAAGCCCAGACCUUAAUCAACUUUGCAACAUCAUCCCAUUCGAGACCCGCAUUAUCAGCAGGAAGACAGACUGUGCACGUAUAAGUUAAGAAAGGUCUAGCCUGUUUUCAUUCUCCAUCUCUCAACCUCACUGGGGCAUGCGUCUCUCCCCCUAUCUUCUCUCUCUCUCUUCCCCUUCCGUUUAUGUGUCUGUCCACCCAAAAUCUUAGGCCCAAGGUCCUCGCGCAAAGAGAUGGAAAGAGAGCAGGAAUUCCG